GAGGAAGCAGUUCCCGGAGAAAUGGAGGAAGAGGAGAAGGUGGCAAGCUUGAAGGAUCAGGGUGCUUCGUCAGAAGAUGGCGGCAAAGACUUGCAACGAGAAGAAGUAGGUCCAGGAGAAAUGGAGGAAGAGGUGGCAAGCUUGAAGGAUCAGGAUGCUUCAUCAGAAGAUGGCGACGAAGACAAGCAAAAAGAGGAAGCAGUUCCCGCAGAAAUGGAGGAAGAGGAAGGGGCAAGCUGGAAGGAUCAGGAGGCUGCGUUGCAAGAUGGCGACAAAGGACCACGCAGAGAAGAAUCGCGUCCAGGAGAAAUGGAGGAAGAGGUGGCAAGCUUGAAGGAUCAGGGUGCUUCAUCAGAAGAUGGCGACAAAGACAAGCAAAAAGAGGAAGCAGUUCCUGCAGAAAUGGAGGAAGAGGAGGUUGCAAGCUUGAAGGAUCAGGUGGCUGCAUCAGAUGAUGGCGACCAGAAGGACCAGGAGGUUGCAUCAGGCAACGGAGAUGAAGGCACGCCCAGAGAGGAAUCAGAUCCAGGAGUAAGUGAUACAGAGUUGGCAAGCGUGAAGGAUCAGGAGGCUGCGUCAGACGAGGGUGACAGAGACGAGCAGCCAGAGGUUGAUAGACGAGGGGAAGCUAGCAAAGGGCUGGUCAGCGACAAGGUCUUGCAGACUUCAUCAGAAGACAGUGACUCUGACGAGCCGCGCGCCAAAUCAGCUUUGGCAGCAGCAGGUGACAAGCGACCGAUGGCACCUCCAAAGAGCAUUGCAUCAGACCCGAGCUCGGACGAAGAGGUGCACUGUGCCGUCAACCAGUCCGGGCUGCAGCGGUUUCUCCUCGACAACCUGCCCCAGCGCAGCAGAUGCCAAGCCGCCCGGAGCGCCGGCCUCCGCCAAGACGUCAGGACAGCUCGGACAGUGAUGAUUGAACGGAUGGUUCAUGUUGGCAGCAAGCCGGCAGCCGUGCACGCUCACGCACGACUUGAUCGCAGCGGCAGCAACGUCCACCUGCUUCGUCUCAACGCAACAGUGACGCCAGUCUGCCAACGGUUGUGCGCAAGAAUGAAGGGAACAUCGGCUGUCAAGAGCAGGGGCCUCCAGUGA